AUGGCUCUCUUCGUCCGAGGACCAGUGGAAGGCCAGCCCGGGGUGCCACUCAACGGAUCCCUCGUUCUGCACGGGGACAUUGCGCAGGUGAACAUCUGGGACAGUCACCUGGCUGAGGCAGAUGUGAAGGAGAUGGCGACAUGUCGCCUCCUCGGCCUCGGGAAUAUCUUCAGCUCAGACACCUUUGAUGUGGAAGUUGUUGGGCCCGUUCAGCAAAGCUCCGUGGAUCUAGGCUUCCUCUGCAGGACUACCCCUCACUACGUCAUUCUGCCAGAAGAAAGGACGUUUGAUGCCACUCGCACGCUCUGUCGGCUUCUCAAUGCCUCUAUGACGGUCUUCUCCUCCAGCUCCGAAAACCAGAACUUCCUCGAAGAGUUCGUACCCUUCGCGGACGUCUGCAGCCCUGGCACUACAUGGAAGUUGUGGCUAGGAAUCACCGACGCACAGGAAGAUGGCGUCUGGGUGGACGUGCAGACCAAGGAACCCAUCGCUUACACCAACUUCAAAAUGCCGUACCCGAUAGGCGGCAGCCACUUGGAAUGCGUGCUGAUGCUCACGGACGGGAGCUGGGCGGACGUGAGAUGCAAAGCCAGCAAGUGUGGCGUCUGCAGCCUCGACAGAUUCAGUUUCCUCAAGCUUCGCGGUUUUUGCUUCGAUAUGAAGAGCCGGACAAACUUCCGGCUGGGAGGGUACCUUGGAGGGCGCCCUGUGUUCCGCGGGUUACAUCAGCUCGUCAUCCACUGGGACGCCGCCAGCCUCCACUGGUCACUAGUGAACAUCGACGAAGAGACCCUCCUAGCUCGCUCGACCCUCCCGGACGUCCAGAGUUAUCCGCUGGGCCAGAACGAGUGGGUCGCCGUCGAGCCGGUGUGCGGCGUUCCCAAGGGCAGCGCCUUCAAUCUCAGUCUCUCCAGCUGUCCGGAAGCUCAGUUCAUUUGCAAAUCGGGCGAUUGCAUCGAUCACAGUUACCGUUGCAACCUCCGAUACGAUUGCAUCGACGGCAGCGAUGAGGACGACUGCAACAUCGUGUUCGUCGGAAGCGGCUACAGGCAACACCUUCCUCCUCGUGGAGCAAACGACUCCACACUCCGCCUAACUCCUGAGAUUGCCAUCACGAGAAUAACGGAGGUGGACGACCUCCACAUGGCCAUCAGCCUCGAGUUCUUCGUGAGUCUCACGUGGCGCGACGAGAGGCUUAGCUUCCGCCAUCUGGACCCCGAGAGAGAGACCUCCAUCCCUGCGUCGGAUGCGGCUCAGAUGUGGAUUCCUGAUUACCAUCUUCUGAACCUCGAGGCUGGCCAGGCAAAGGAGCUGGAGAAGACGGUCACUGUGACCACGGCCAACAAUGCUACUUCACCGCAUUUCAACUCCAUUAACAGGGGUAAGAAUUAUUUAUCAUAUCCUUUGUGGCUUUCGGUUCUUUCUUUGUCAGAUAUAGUAUACCCGGGUGUCUACAACAAUAUCACUUCAAGCACCCAGUUCACAGCGAGAUUAACGUGCUCCUUUGACCUCUACAUAUACCCCUUCGACAUCCAAGAAUGCAGCAUCGACAUCGGCCUCCCAAAGAACUACGACGGAAGCGUUGAAUUUUCCGACGCAGAGCGAAGCGGGAGUUACACCGGGCCAUACAACCUCGCUCUGUACACCGUGAAGGACGUAGCUUUCGGACCCAACUCUGGGGAAGCACGACUCGUCCUCAAGUUCGCCCUACACCGUCGCCAGGGGGUCAUCCUGCUCUCUACCUUCGUGCCGUCGGUACUGCUCCUGCUGGUGAGCUGGGCGACCCUCUUCGUCCGGCUCGAUGUCCCCACCGUGCGGGCUCCAAUGGCGCUUACGACCCUCCUCGUCCUGUACACCCUCUUCUCAAACCUCUCCGGCUCCAUGCCCAAUACCGCCGCCAUUAAGAUGAUCGACAUUUGGUUCUUCUAUAUCAUAUUCCUCCUGUUCCUCAACAUCAUGAUUCACAUAUUCGUCGAGCCCUUCUUCGAAGCCUUAGCUCGGUCGGCAAAGGUCGAGGCGAAAGGAGCUAUGUACGACCAACGCGAAUCACCCCAGAGCAAGAGCGAAAGGGUGAUCGCUGUGUACAGGAAUUACGUCUUUCCCGUUGCCUUUUGCUGUUUCAAUGUUCUCUUCUGGCUCAUGGUCUUUUUGAAGCCUUAGAUUAUCUUGUGC